AGGGAUGUGUGCGCCGCGGCUCCCCUAAAGAUCUUUUAACACAGGAAAACACAAGCACACGUACACACAUCCCAUGUAGCGAGGGUUGGAACUGUACUAGCAGUCAUGCCACUGGUGGUCCCUGGGUUAGCGGGUGUGUAGAGUGGGUUUUCUGGCGGGUCUAUAUUGAGGGACAUAUGAAGGAAGGCAUGCCAAUUGGGUGGAAAUGGGAGAAAGUUGGGGAACCGGACUGGGCCUCCCGCCCCCCGAACACAUGGGUCCCACCGGCCCCGGUGGAGGAGAAGGUGCAGGAGACCCCCCUGCAAGGACACACGGAUAGUACAGAUUGGAAAAUGGUGGGGAAGAAAGGGGGAAAAGGAACAUGGGUUCAAAAACAACAAACGGAACCCGGGCCGUCGACAGACAAUAACAAGCUGCCCCGAGCCACCCCGGGUCCUGCAGCAAGACAGUAUAUUGCGGAAGAAAAGUACACAGACGGAAUCGUGGUCCAAACGCAGCAACCCACCGCCUCUGAGCAAACACAACGAAGCAGGACUGAAGUGGCAAUCAAAACAACACCCAAACAGGUGGGACAAGAGCGAGCAGAGGGACAACCGGAGGGGGGGGGGGAGGUCGGGGAAAUGGAGGUGGAGCCAGCACCCAAACAGCUAGGAUAUGAUGGAGCAGAGGGGCAGCAGGAGGGGCAGGAGGAAGCGGGAGGAAUGGAAGCGGAGUCAGGGCCACUGGGGGAGGAGAGGGGCACAGCAGAAAGGAACGCUCAGGCCGGACCGAUGAUGGACAUCAACCCCUUCCAGGCAGCCUUCGACUCAGAACCAAUGGAAGUCGACCCUCUUCCGGUUAAUGUUAGUACGGCGCCCGAGGGGUUAGACACGGAACAAAAGCCGGAAGAUGGAAGAAGAGAAGACGCCGGGCAUCGAUGGGUUCCCAAAGGAAUUUUGGGAAACCUUCUGGACGCAGAUGGCCCCGGAUCUCAUGGAGUAUUAUCAGCAGGUGUGGAAAACAGGGACAAUGGGGGAGUUGGUGGGCCAGGAGUAGGAGCGGGAGGAGGUACAGGAGGAGGAGAAGGGGUAGGAGCGGGAGGGGGAGCGGGAGGAGCAGGAGGAGGAAGGGGGGGAGGAACGGGGGCCAGAGCAGGAGAAGCAGCACGAGGAGGAGGAGCAGGAGGAAGGAACGGGAGGAGGAUGAAGUUGUGGUGGAGCAGCAGCGGGAGAAAAAAGGCGGCUCGGGGGAAAGCCCAGAAGGAGGACCGGGAGGAGGAGGAGGAGGAGGUGCGGGAGAAGGAGCUGGAAAAGGAGCCGGAGAAGGAGCGGGAGAAGGAGCGGAAGGAGGAGCGGGCGGAGGAGGGAGAGGAGGAGCGGGAGGAGGAGCGGGAGGAGGAGGAGGAGGAGCGGGAGGAGUGGCAGGGGAAGGAGCGGCAGGAAGCGGGGAGGGGGAGCCCAGGAGGAGGAGCAGGAGAAGGAGGAGGGGGGGACGAGAAGCAGGAUGAGGGGCGGGAGAAGGAACGGGAGAAGGAGCGGGAGGAGCGGGAGGAGGGGGAGGACGGAGGGGGAGGAGGAGCGGGAGGAGGAGUGGGAGGAGGAGCGCUAGGAGGAGCACUAGGAGGAGGAGGAGGAGCGGGAGGAGCAAGACAAGGAGCAGGAGGAGGAGCAUGACAAGGAGCAGGAGGAGGAGCACAACAAGGAGCGGCAAAAAUCGGGGAGGAGGAAUUAACAAACGCGUGGGAUGCAG